GUCGCAUCUUCAUUCAAACUACCACCAUGGCGCAUAGGUUCAAUGCAGGUUCAGAAGACGACGAAGAACGUGACGAUGAUCCAGGAGCAUAUGUAAUUAGGCUUGGUGUUCACGCUGGUAAACGACUCGAUUCCAUUCCCACCGACUACAGGUUGUGGGCAACAGGAGCCGACUGUCAACGUUUCCACUGGUAUGCGGAUUUCAAAGAGGCCAAUGAUCGAUAUGAAGAACGACUUCUUCAAACUCCUGAAGCCUACACUUUGUCCUUCGGGAAACAUAAAAACAAAAGACUUGAUGAAGUGCCAGAAGAUUACAUUUGGUCGGUCAUUCGCCCUUCAUUUUGUAAUAAUACCUGGUACCAGAGCCUGGUGAAAGCUCAUCGUCGUUACCUGGACAAUGUAUACCGAAACAAAUCACCAGGCUCAGUUAACAUCUGGUUUGGGAAGUUGUACCUGGAUUACCCACUCAGCUUGGUCUACAAGCGGCCUGAUUUCAUUAAAUUUUGCCUGAAACCAGAGCAUAGCGAAUUUAAGUGGUAUCACAGGUUCGAAGACCUAGUCCGGAGGUACAAAGCGCAUCUCGCGACCCACAGACGGCCACAUCGCAGAAGAAAACCAGCGAAUGUGGAAAAUCCCGUAGGGGAACUUCUGGGAUCAUGGGACGACCAUGGGUCUGUGGAGCCAGGUGAUAAAUAUGUGCGAGAUGAUUUUGUAGUCGACGAUAGUGAGGGGGAAGAUGAAGGCGAAGAUUCCCAGGAGGGUAGUGGUUCCAAAUCCGACAAUAGCAGCGGGGACCACGGAUUUGAUGAUGAUUUUCAGGGUGAAGAGGUGUAUAAUGACUCUGAAGUCAAUACAGCCGGUGACAUAGUAGACGGAUCAGGUCCAGAGCGGCCUUCUCUCACGAGUGCGGGUGUCUCUCAAGCUUCGGAGCCGAACUCAGAUUCGGAUGACGAUACACCUCUGGAUGAAUUGUUCAACAAGAUCAGGGCGAAGCGGGUUUCUGGGAAAAGAAAGGCGGAGGUCGUGUCGUCGCCCAGCCCCCAAAGAAGUCAUCAAUAUGAAGGCGAGGACAGUGAUGAUGACAUCGUUGCUCAGCCGCCACGACAACGCCGCAAAGAUGCUGGUUUACACAUUAUCAGUGCUAAGAUGGCAGGUCAUGAUAAGCCUACCCAGACUGAUAUCCACUCUGGAGCAGAGCCUGUUGCUUCAACUUCGCAUCUUGAUGAACAAGAAUCUCCUCAUCAACUUUCUGACUCUGGAUCGUCCCAGGAAUCCGCUGCAAGUUCAAGCACAGCCGAUGAAUUGCAAACUGAAGAUGAGUCUUCACAGAGCGACAGCGAGAAAUUAUUGAAUGAUGGUUAUAUUACUCCUCCCUCACUCUUGGGAAGUUACUAUCGUCCGCUUCCACGUAUAAUUAAUAGCUCCUAUUACCAGGAGAUGUCUUAGCGGAGGUCUAUGGCAGAGUCCAGGCAUUCGUAUUCAAUUGUAAUGAUAAUAUUCAUCUGAGCUGCGAUGUAGUAUGGAGCGCCCCCUUUCAUAUCCGAGCUCAGAAGUUAC